UCUGCAACUCCUUUUAACUGCCAUGAAACCACCAUCUUCCACCACAAACCUCUUCCCAUCACCUUUGAUUCUUCAUUGACGACGGCGGCAGAACAACACGGCAGCCCGGAAAACGACGGUGGAGGAGGGAGGAGGAGGAGGAAGAAGAAGAGGGGUUUUAGAAACGAAGAAGAUGUAGAGAGUCAGAGAAUGAAUCACAUUGCUGUCGAGAGGAACCGCCGGAAACAGAUGAACCACCAUCUCGCUGCCCUGCGUUCUCUCUUGCCGGAAUCUUACCUCAAAAGGGGUGAUCAAGCAUCGAUAAUUGGUGGUGCUAUAGAGUUUGUGAAGGAGCUCGAACACCUCUUGCAAUCUCUCGAAGCUCAAAAGUUCCUCUCGAUUCGACAACAAGAUCCAACCAUUCAUGACGAAAAUAGUAAUAAUCCGACCCAAGAGUGUGAAAUACCACAACUACCCCUCCAUUUUCAGAAAUUUUUCACUUGCCCACAAUACACUUGGUCUAGCAUCCCCAACACGAAUGCUUCAAAGAGCAAUGCCACAAUGGCGGAUAUCGAGGUCAAUUUAGUCCAAACACAUGCCAAUCUUCGGAUCCUGUCACGAAAACGGCUAAAACAACUGUCGAAGAUGGUUGUUUUCUUGCAAACAUGUUACCUUUCGAUACUCCACCUCAACGUCACCACUUUCGACCCGUUUGUGCUCUACUCCAUUACUCUUAAGGUGGAAGAAGGGUGCUGUUUGAAUUCAGCAGAUGAGAUUGCAGGUGCAGUCCACCAGAUCCUUGGACUUAUUGAACAAGAAGCUACCCUAUGUAUUGAUUCCAGAGAUUAA